AUGUCCACCACCUACCCUAAAUGUCCCAAGGACGCCAUCUUCCCACCCCCUACCUGUCCAAGCUGCUUCUCCCUCAAAUGCUCCUCAGGAGCAGGCCCUUGGGAUGUCCAACACAUGGGUACCACACUCACAGGGCUGUUGAGGGGAUUCAAGAGAAAACAUGUACUAAACUCUCUGAACAGGCCUGGCACACGUACUCGGGAGUCCCGGGGGAGCCGUCCGGCCCCGGGCCGGCCCCAGACUCGGAGGGGCGGGCAGCCGGGGACGGCCCGCGGUGCAGAACAAGCCCAGGCCCCACCCGGGCAGCGCGAGCGAGCAGCCCAGCCUGCGCCUUCCCAGCCAGCCCCCCGCCGCGGCCGCUUUGUGCCCGAACCCGGGCCUGAGUUAUUGCGCGGCAGCCAUGGAGCCCUCCGGACCCAAGUCAUCCAGGGCAACUCUCGACAGGCUCCAGGAGGGCCCUAUGCUGAAGCUGGCCGGAGUGUCGCGGGUGGAGGUGCCCGGGGUCGAGUCGAGGGCGUUCUCCACGGCGGGGCGCGCACGUUGGCCGCUACGCUCCCCCGGGGACCUGCGUCCCGCAGGCACGACGCAGACAAUGAACUCCUGGCGGAGGCACCCGGCCCGGGCGCGUUCAGGCAGCGCCCGCCGCCCUUGGCGUCGCGGGGCGACAAGGCGGGGGACGGGAAAGGCUGGCGAGGCCCGGGGCCCAGCGAGGGGCAGCCUUGGCGCUGCCGGCCUCCCGGGCGCCCGGCCUCGCCGCCUCUUCCUUCCUCUCGCCGCCUGCCCGCCGCCGAGAUUCGCAAUCCCCGCCAAGCGGCGACGCCAGGCCGAGAGAGGGUCCCGGCGGACAGGGUGUUCGUGGCGUGCCCCCUCCGCCACCCGCUCUUGGCUUCCUCCUCCCCCUCCUCUUCCUCCUCCUCCGCCUCCGCCUCCUCCGCCGCCGCCUCCUCCUCCUCCUCCUCCUCUCGGCUCGCGCCGGUCCCUAGCCGCCCGCCCGCCCGCUCGCCAGUCCCUCCUCCCUUGCUCCCUCCCUCCUCGCUCGCUCGCGCCUCCGCCGGGCCUCGCUCGCUCACCUUUCACCGAGCGCGGCUUCGCCUGCUUCCGCCUGGACAUGUCCGGGGCUCCGGGCGCUCCGUCGCCCUCCGCGGCCGGCUCCCCCCGCCGCCCCCUGCCGCUCCGGGUCGGCGGCUCUGGGGUGCGGAUCGCAGGUCCGGGGCGGCCGCCUGGGGGGGUGGGGGCGGCCCGGGCCGGCCGAGGCCGCUCGGGGGCGGAGGGAGGCUCGGGGGGCGCGCUGGGGCCCAGCCUGUUGCAAUGCGGCAGCCGGGGGCUCCGGGUCCCAGCAGCGGUCCCAGCGGCGCGGGGGGGAGGGCUCGAAACGACCGCAGUGGCUCGGAAACCGCGGCUCGGGGCUCCUGGCUCACGCCCCCUUCUCUGGCUCUCGGCUGGGUCCGACGCCGGCCCCCAGAGGAGGAAGGGGCGCGCGGGGGCGCUCAGGCGGCGGCAGGCAGGCGCACCCGUGCCCCGAGCAUCGCUCAGCCCGUGCGCCGGGCCGCCGUUGCCUGCCCUCGGGCUGCGGUGCUCAGCGCGCGGCGCGCAGCCGAUCCCCAGGCCGGUGCCAAGUCGCCCGCUCCGCUAGCUGCCUCCAUGGGCCAGGGGCUCGGAGAGUGGGGAGUCAGAGGCCGCGGCGGCGGAGGAGGAGGAGGACGAACAGGCGGCGGCGGCGGCGGCCGGGCUCCCGUCCUCCCGGGCAGCGGCGGCGGCGGCUGCGCCCCGGCUCCUCCGCGCUCCAGCCGGCGCCGGCCCGCCCGCCAGCCUCCCUCGCGCUCCUGUCUUCUUUGUGGUCGCUGGCUCUCCUCCUCCCGAUCCGGCUGCUGGGGCUGCACUGCAGAGACACAUAAUAAAGCCAGGCUUGGCUGGAAAUGUAGCCGGGUCCCAGCAGGAGGAUGUGAGGAGCGGAGUCCCGGCGGGGGAGCGCUCUGA